AUGGCCCUGUGUGCGCUCACUAGUGCUCUGCACUCUCUGAGCCUGGCAUCCCUGGUCAUUACUGCCCAGACUCCAACUCUGCUCCGGGCUGCCCAGAUGCUGAGCAAUGCCCUUCAGCAGCCCUCGGCCGUGGCGUUGCCCUCUCAGCGUACGGUGCAUACAUCUGUGGACCUUAAUGCCAAGUUUGUGUCCUGGAAAAGUCGUACCAAGUACACAGUCAAACCUGUGAAGAUGAGGAAGUCUGGGGGUCGAGACCAUACAGGCCGCAUCCGAGUACAUGGUAUUGGUGGGGGCCACAAACAAAAUUACAGAAUGAUUGACUUCCUGCGGUUCCAGCCAGAGAAGGAGAGCAAGCCAGAACCCUUUGAGGAGAAGGUUGUCGUCGUCCGCUACGAUCCAUGCAGGUCUGCAGACAUAGCCCUGGUAGCUGGGGGCAGCCGGAAAUGCUGAAUCAUUGCCACAGAAAACAUGAAGGCAGGAGAUACAAUCCUGAACUCUAACCACAUAGGCAGAAUGGCAGUGGCAGCUCAGGAGGGCAAUGCGUAUCCUCUUGGGGCAUUGCCUGUGGGGACCCUCAUCAACAAUGUGGAAAGUGAGCCUGGCCGAGGAGCACAGUAUAUCCGAGCUGCAGGGACGUGUGGUGUGCUGCUUCGGAAGGUGAAUGGAACAGCCAUUAUCCAGCUGCCCUCGAAGAGGCAAAUGCAGGUGCUGGAGACAUGCACUGCAACUGUAGGCCGAGUUUCCAACGUUAAUCAUAACCAGCGGAUCAUCCGCAAGGCAGGACGGAAUCGCUGGCUGGGCAAGAGGCCUAACAGUGGGCUAUGGCAACGCAAGGGAGGCUGGGCUGGCCGAAAGAUUCGGCCACUGGCCCCAGUGAAGAGCUACGUGAAGCUGCCCUCUGUCGCUGGCCAAAGCUGACACACCUGGACUCUAAUAAAAUGCCCCUUGUUUAAAAAAAAAAAGAAAUCAAACAAAUGAAAGACACUAUUCAAGGUUUAAAAACUGAAAUAGAGACAAUAAAGCAAACACAACCGAGGGAAUUAUAGAA